GUGGUCCACUAGCGCCUUUGUGUGGAAGACUGCGGAGCUGCCGCCGUUUCGUGCUUAGCCGAGACACAACGCACACACACACAGGUAGAUAAUCAUGGUGAAUGUAAAGAAGCGGAAAGGACGGGUCGUUAUUGACUCCGACUCAGAAGACAGCGCGAGCGAUGAUAAUUUGGAUCAGGAGCUACUGUCUUUAGCAAAGAGGAAGCGGGUGGACUCAGACGAGCAAGAGGAUCCAGCCAGCAAGCCGGCUGCCUCCACCGACUCGGAGACCUCCGACAGCGAUGAUGAGUGGACUGUCGGCGGCACCAAGGCGAAGAAGAAGGUGAAGGUGGGGAAAGGCAGCGAGAAGAAGAGCGCCGCAAAGAAGCGGGUGAACAAGGCGGCGUCCUCCGGCAGCUCCGAUGGCGACAGCUCCGCGGAGAGCUCCGCCCCCGAGGAAGGCGAGGUGUCGGACUCGGAGAGCAACAGCUCGUCCUCCAGCUCGGAUUCGGACUCGUCCUCGGAGGACGACGUCUUCCGCGACGGGUACGGCGACGACCUGAUGGGGGAUGAGGAGGACAGAGCCCGGCUGGAGCAGAUGACGGAGAAGGAGAGGGAGCAGGAGCUGUUCAACCGAAUCGAGAAGCGGGAGGUGCUGAAGAGGAGGUUUGAAAUUAAGAAGAAGCUGAAAACGGCAAAGAAAAAAGAGAAGGAGGAAAAGAAGAAGAAACAGGAGGAGGAGCAGGAAAAAAGGAAGCUGUCUCAGGUUCAGGACACUCAGGUGGUUAUGUCUCACAACAAGGAGAGGAGGUCCAAGCGGGACGAGAAGCUGGAUAAGAAGUCUCAAGCUAUGGAGGAGCUGAAAGCAGAGCGAGAGAAGAAGAAGAACAGAACAGCUGAACUCCUGGCAAAACGGCAGCCACUCAAAACCAGCGAGGUUUACUCCGAUGACGAGGAGGAGGAAGAGGAGGAUGACGAUAAAUCCUCCGUAAAGAGUGACCACAGCUCCCGUUCUUCAUCUUAUGAUGAGGAAGAGGAGAAGGAGGAGACCCCGCCGAAGUCGCAGCCGGUCUCGCUGCCGGACGAGCUGAACCGCAUCCGCCUGUCCCGCCACAAGCUGGAGCGCUGGUGCCACAUGCCCUUCUUCGCCAAGACGGUGACCGGCUGCUUCGUGCGCAUCGGCAUCGGCAACAGCAGCAGCAAGCCGGUGUACAGGGUUGCAGAAAUCGUGGACGUGGUGGAGACGGCGAAGGUCUACCAGCUGGGAUCGACGAGGACGAACAAAGGCCUGCAGUUGCGGUACGCGGACCCCGGGCUCCGACACGGGAACGACACGCGGGUGUUCCGGCUGGAGUUCGUGUCCAACCAGGAGUUCACGGACAACGAGUUCAUGAAGUGGAAGGAGGCGAUGAUCAUGGCGGGAAUGCAGGUCCCCACUUUAGAUGAAAUCACCAAAAAGGAACAAGCCAUCAAAGAAGCCGUCAACUACAAAUUCAACGACAAAGACAUAGAGGACAUCGUCAAAGAGAAAGACCGUUUCCGGAAGGCCCCGCCCAAUUACGCCAUGAAGAAAACACAGCUCCUCAAAGAGAAGGCUAUGGCGGAGGAUAGCGGAGAAGGCGAGAGAGUCAAACAGAUCCAGGAUCAGCUGAAUGAGCUGGAAGAGCGGGCUGAGGCUCUGGACCGGCAGAGGACCAAGAACAUCUCAGCCAUUAGCUACAUCAACCAGCGGAACCGGAGCUGGAACAUCGUGGAGUCUGAGAAAGCUCUGGUGGCAGAAGGGCAGAACGCCAAGAACCAGCAGAUGGACCCUUUUACUAGAAGACAGUGCAAGCCCACUAUGGUGUCCAACGCCAGAGACCCUUCUGUCCACGCUGCUAUCCUCGCCCAUCUGAACCAGAAAUACGGCUCAGGUUCAGGGCAGGACAACGUUCUGGAGAAGAACAAACAGGGACAGCUGGGUCAGAAAGACAAAGACGUCACCAAAACAUCAAGUGACCUGUCUGAAGAUCUUUUCAAAGUUCAUGACUUUGACGUUAAGAUAGACCUUCAGGUUCCUAACGCAGAGGCAAAGUCUCUCUCUGUGAGCUCCAACGCCCUGCCUGUGAAGGACGGCGCUCCCCGCCGGUCACUCAACCUGGAAGACUACAAGAAGAGGCGGGGCCUGAUCUGAGCCCCGCCCACUUACAGCUGUCCUUGCAUGUGUCAGUUGGUAGCUCUGGGGCCUCGAGGCUGGGGGCCACUCCUGUGUGUGUGUGCGUGCGUGCGUGCGUGUGUGCAUGUGUGCGUGUGUGUGCGCGUGUGUGUGUGUGUGCGUCCGUGCGCGCAUGCGUGUGUGUUCGCGUCCGUGUGUGUGCGCAUGUACUGGUGUGCGUGUGUACAAGCGUGUGUCCAUCCCAAAAACGGGAGAGAGGAAAUAUUAAAAUAAUCUGGCAACUUUUUUGUAAAGGAGACUUUUUAAAAAGUUGUCUAGUCUACUUGGGUUAUUAUGUCCAGAAAUAGUACUUGGAAUUGUCUCUUUUUGUUACUCCUUUUUAUUUUUUAUAUAUAAUUAUUUUCCUUCACAGAUUUCACGGUUGUCGUUUUUUUCCUUUUUUUGUCAUUUUGGUUUUUUUUUUUUGGAAGGACACUGCGCUGAUGGAUUAUAAAUUAUCUGUAAGAAAGACAUUUUAUCUGAAUGACUCGGAUUAUUUCGCAACCUUGAAGAGGACUUUGAGAUUACUAACAUGGACAGUAAAUGGUAAUCGGAACAGGAUUUCGUUUUCCUCCUCCAAUGUUGGAUUUUUUGUUUUUUCACCGCCCCCCUCCGCAUCACACAACUACCUACAUAAACUGGAGAGGAUCCUUCCGCCACUCUUCACUAACCUCGCUCUCCAGUAGUUCUCUCUUGAAGAAAGAGGAGACCAGGGAAGACACAACAGAAACUUGGGUAAUAUCUGUCCCUCCAGGAUUGUACAAGGGAAAACGCAUGGACUAGAGAUACGUUUUUUUUUUUUGUUUCUGUUUUAAUAUGACACACCAAUAAAAGCAAACCUGUAUCCCGUGUAAAGUAUUGAAAGCGUUGUUUUUCUUUUUCUUUUUUUGUUUCCCGAAUCCCCACUUUGACUCCUUUUUUUUCAUUUAUAAGAGAGCAGAUUCUAAGUGUUUACAGGUGUGUCCUUAGUCAGUUCUCGUAUUGAUGUGGCAUGCCAUGUAAAUAAGCGACUUGGAGUGGGUGCUGCACAAUAAAGAGGCACUGUUUCAUACCUGC